AUGUCUUUUAUAGCUAGAAAUGCGUUAAAGGCUAAAACUGCUAAACCAGCCCAGUUUUGUAGCAUCUUACGCAGCUACUCACAACAACCACCAACAAACGACCCAGAUUCAACGUCUGCGUAUGAGUACAAGUUACAGCACUCACCUAGGUCACCACCACCUUUGCCUGCUCAAGAACCACCAAGAAGAUGGUCCGCAGAGGAAUCUGUUAAGAAUAUUCUUUACAACACUCCUCCGCCUUCAACACAGCCAUUCAAGAGACACAUUCUCAAUGCUCUCGUACAGAAUGAACCAGGUGUCCUCAGUCGCGUUUCAGGUAUUCUCGCUGCAAGAGGUUUCAACAUUGAUUCUUUAGUCGUUUGUCGCACUGAAGUUCGCGAUCUCAGUCGAAUGUGUAUCUGUAUUAGAGGUCAAGAUGCUGUUGUUGAACAAGCAAGAAGACAACUUGAAGAUUUGGUACCUGUAUGGGCUGUACUUGACUACACCAACACCAGCGUAAUCGAGCGUGAACUUCUUUUAGUCAAAGUUUCAUUACUCGGUCCAGAGUACUUUAAUGAACAUUUCAAACCAUCUGCAUCAGAUCCUUCCUUCUCUUUAGAAUCAGCAAGAACUUACGAUGAAGCACUCACCCAGUUCUCACAAAACCAAAGACAUUCUCAAGUUCAAGAAGAUUUGACUAAAAUGUCUUUGUCAGAGGCUUUAAGGACUAAACACGCUCAUCUAUCGGCAUUAAAGAACCUCGCUGAUCAGUUCUGUGGCCGCUUAGUCGAUGUUAGCUCUGAUAGCGUCAUCGUUGAGGUUACCGGUAAGAGUACGAGAUUGGAUGCAUUCCUUGGAUUAGUAAGAGCAUUUGGUGUUCUCGAAGCGUCUAGAACUGGUAUGAUGGUUAUGCCUAGAACACCCCUUCCAGCCAGCUGGGCGGAAGAGAGCGACGUCGCCGCUGAAGCUGAUGAAAUUGACACUUCUCUCUUACCACCAGGUUGA